GAGAAGAAGCCAGAGGCGGUAUAGCCAGCCCCAGUUCAAGGUUCUGCUGGAUGAGCACUGGCCUCGUUUGUUCCGCCCACGCCAUGAAUCGGAUCACGAGCAGAGGCAGCACUCCAUGAUUUCCCGCCGCGCACGUGAGCCAUCAUCCGAUUCAAACUCCUGGCCACGUUUUCGUGGGGGGACUGAUUACUUGGUGCAUUUCGGUGCAGCAGCAACGAUCAAGUGGGAGGUGGAAGACAUUGAAUGCGGUGGGAAGCUGGGAGAGGAGAGGUCCCUGAGUUUCUGAAACAAUGGGAAGCUUUAUUGAAGUGCUCCGGGAGCAGAUGACGUUCUUGUUGGAACAGGGCCUUUACGAUUCGGCCGAAAUGCUGGGUACAUUUUUGAUGAGCUUAGUCUCUGCCAACGGCGAGCUUUCACCUAUUUCUCGCGCUGAGAGUAUGAUUCUGUAUGGAGAUGCCUUGUAUGGGCGGAAAGAGUUCCGCCGAGCUUUGAAUGUGUACAGGCAGGCACUUCAAUUGUGUCGUGCCACUUCAAAGCAACCUAUGAGCAGUGCUCGUACUCCUGUGCAGUCAAGACCGUCCUCUGCAGCAAGCGCCGUUCAUGACUCUAAAAUUAAUGAGAACGAGGUGAAAUUCAAGAUUGGGCUUUGUCACCUUGCUGUUAAUGACACCCGAGCUGCACUUUCAGAGAUGGAGGGGAUUCCAUCAAAGGCAAGGAGUCUUCGCAUGAAUCUUACAUUAGCCAAGUUAUAUCGGAUCACAGGCUAUGAUCGUGUAGCUACUGCAUCUUAUCGAGAAUGUUUAAGGCAAUGUCCAUAUGUUUUGGAGGCUAUUGUUGCUUUGGCAGAACUUGGAGUUCCAUCCAAAGAUAUACACGCGCUGUUUCCUCAGGGUCAAAGCAAGAUUAGUCGGUCAACAACUGACUGUCUCGAUCCCGUACGGUGGUUACAGAGGUUUGCUGAUGGCCAUUCUAGCAUUGCGACACACGACUAUAAGGGCGGUUUGGAGCACUUCAAUAAUCUUGCACAACGCUUCCCCAAUAAUACACAUCUUUUACUAGAAAACGCCAAGGCAGAAAUGGCAAUAAUGAAGAACGAUGAAGCUGCCCACAGUUUUGAGAAGUCUCGGCAAAUUGAUCAAUUCAAUAUAUCAAGUAUGGAUGAGUACGCAAUGCUUCUACGUAAUCGUGGAGAUCAUAUGGAAUUGAACCGACUGGUCCACGAGCUUAUCAAUAUUGAUUCAACAAGACCUGAGGUUUGGGUUGCUGCCGCUGUUUACUGGGAGAUGCGAGAUGAUAAAAUUAGAGCUCUCACCUACGCAGACAAAAGCCUGCGGGUAGACGAUAGACACACAAGCGCCUACGUCGUCAAGGGAAAUAUUUCUCUGACUUUAAAUCGACCUGAAGCAGCUGUAAUGGCUUUCAGAAAAGCUCAAUUACUUAAGGCAGAUCUUCGGUCUUAUCAAGGACUGGUAAGAGCUUAUUUAGCAAUCCCAAAGCAUAAGGAAGCUCUCUGUGCUGCACGCGAAGCCAUGAAAGCAAUGCCUCAGUCUGCGAAGGCUCUAACGCUGGUUGGGGAUGUUUACGCUGCUCAUCAAGACGGCCGUGACAAGGCAAGAAGAUUUUACGAAUCAGCACUGAGAUUAGAGCCAACAUACCUUGGGUCUGUCUUUGCUCUGGCAGACCUGUAUGGUAUGGAGGGUCGUACCGAGGAAGCCAUAUUGCUUCUUCAGCGAUAUCUGAAAACUUGGGCAGAUGAUGCACUGCACACUAAGCUUGCGCAAAUCUUUGCUGCAAGUGAUAAGCUUGGCGAUUCUUUGUUUCAUUACCAAACUGCCCUGAGCAUCAAUCCUGCAAACGAUGCAGCCAAGAAAGGCCUUGAGCGACUGGAGAAGCAAAUGAAGGGUGUCGAUCCAGACGCAUUGGAGGAAGAUGAAGAAAAUGAAGGGGAAGACCCAGACGCAGAUGCAGAGGAAGGUGAAUUUUUGUAGCAGAUACAAAAGGAUUAGAUUACAGAGUCCCUCAACAUUUUUGCAUGCGGUGGGAUGUACAAUAUGUGCUUCUUGGUUCACCAAGAACAGACCAUACACAUUCUUUAUAACUUGUACAGAGGUAUCAAAGUUUUCCUUACGGAUGUCCUUUAUAUCGAAGCCUUCAGGUGCCCACAUUGUACUGUCUUUCAGAUUUUUAAGCACACCUCCCAUGUGGUAGGUAAUCGGGGAUACCGCCACUCAAGCUGGACACUCUCGUUUCUCUGGAAA